ACGCAACAAGAACCGCACGGGCACACCGACGCCGGAGGGACGAGGUGACCACCACCGAUUCUGCUGAGCACCGGAACCCCUGCCGAAGGAAGAGCCGACAGCUCCUCCGCCACCGCUGCGCAAACUGCUCCGCCCGCCGCAUGCGCAGAGGCCCCGCCGUGCCCGGCUGCGGCCUGCCCUGAGCCGCCUCCUGUCAGGGACCGAUGGCGGCGAGUGGCACGGAAACAGCCCAGCAGCAAACUGAUGAAAUUGAAGCCCUUUCAUCCAUAUAUGGUGACGAUUGGUGUGUUCUUGAUGAAGAUGAAAAAAUCUAUUGCAUCAAGAUCAGUGAUUGUCUGGAUCAACCAAAAUGGACCCUCUGUUUACAGGUGAUUUUGCCACCAGGAUAUCCAACUGCAGAGCCACCUAUUUAUCAACUCAAUGCCCCAUGGCUUCGAGGGCAAGAUUAUAUGCAACUUGCAAAUAGCUUGGAAGAAAUAUAUAUACAGAACCUUGGUGAAAGUAUACUUUAUUUGUGGGUGGAGAAGAUACGAGAGGUUCUGAUAGAAAAGGCACAGUCAUCAGAUCCAGAACCAGAUAUUAAGAAAACCAGUGAGGAAGUAAAUGAAGAUGAUGGAGAUGAUUUUCUUCUAGACUGUCAGCCUGUUCAGGAAGAUUCAAUUAAAAUGUUAAGUUACAUUCCCUCUGAAAGUCAAGAAGAUGAGGAACUGCCACCCAUACAUCAUGGAAGCCCAAUCACAGAUCGAAGGAGUACUUUCCAGGCACAUCUGGCUCCUGUGGUGACACCCAGACAAGUUAAGAGAGUUCUUGAAAAAUUAUAUGAGAAUAAGAAAAUUGCAAGUGCUACCCACAACAUAUAUGCAUACAGAAUAUACUGUGAAGAUAAGCAGACAUUCUUACAGGAUUGUGAAGAUGAUGGGGAGACAGCAGCAGGUGGCCGUCUUCUUCAUCUUAUGCAGAUUCUGAAUGUUCACAAUGUGUUAGUUGUUGUGUCCCGCUGGUAUGGGGGCAUUCUCUUAGGACCAGAUCGUUUUAAACAUAUCAACAACUGUGCAAGAAAUGUGCUUGUGGAAUACAACUAUGUACAUUCAGGGGAAGAGUCAUCUAAACAAGCAGGAAAGAGCAAAAAGAUGAGGAAGGACAACAAGAAGAGAACGUAACACUAAUUUUUUUAAAACAAUAAAAAUUAUUUUGCACAUAUUUACAAAGAAUACAUGGAUACUAUUGCCUUAUGCGGUACAACAGAUGUUUUGUAUUCAAAAAAGCAUUCAGUAAAGCUAUAGGUAUAUUUU